AUGACUUCCCCUAGGCCUUCACCACAAUCUCAGAUCUUCCCUGGAAAAGGGCUAGGGUUCAUAAGCAUGUUCCCGCCACUACUCCCAGUCUUGGAUAUGGCUAAUCUCCGCGUCAAAGCUCACCCCCAGAUCUACCCCGCUAUCGAUAUUGCCUAUUCCUCCUCAGAGCCUCUCAAAAAACCGGUGACUCUGCAGCUUCCAUCCAGCGGCCUUCGUUUGCGGUUCGACGGGCCCGACCAGAGGCUCCGUCUUAUCGAAGUACUCGACUUCACCAAGAUCGCGCUUGUCUAUAAGAAUCAGGAGGUACUCAAAGGGGUGAAACCGCAGGAAUCGGCGGUGACACAGCAGGGCCCCAACUUUCGCCAUGUCUACAAUCGUCUGUUCGGGCCUUCUUAUCCGGGAGAGUACAUACCGCCGACCAACCCGCAGUCGCCGUAUGGCACAUACGUGCUGUCGUAUCCCGGCGUCGCAUUCUCUUUUCCACUUCAGAACUCGGCAUGGUCUGACCAGUGUGACUUUGUAGCCUUGCUUUCCUCUUCUGCAGCCUUGCCGGCGACCUCGAUGUCCAUCUUCCAGGGUCCCUCAUGGCCCGAAUCUCGAAGCAAACUGUUCACUCAGCCGCCCCAGUUCCCCCGCUCUCCGGCCUUGGCUGGGAAGAACAGGGACUCUGUUCCGGACGAGAUCGAAGAGUUCCUGAUAUAUGGUGGCGGCAAGAUCGAAGUGGUCCGAAGAUCAACCCCAUCUGCACACAUCACCCUGUCAGAAACCACUCCGCAGGACCUGAUCGCGGAGUUUGGACCGCCAGAUGCCAUUUAUCGUAAACAUGAUCGAAGAAUCGCCAUCCACCGCGCCGCUGGCCGUAGCGGUGGAGGGGAUUCGCCACACAUGGGUCCGUCUUCAGGUAGAGGGCUAGAUGUUGACAUCGAUCAAUCUUCGAAUAACAGUGUUACUGAUGACUCAGAUGACGAACUCUUCCAGCCUAACGCCCUGGAUCCUUCCUCGCUGCCUGCGGAGUGCUUCUUCAACUACUUCCACCAUGGCUUCGAUGCGUUCAUCUCCUACCCGACGGCAGCUGGCCCUGCGUUCCCGGGAUCUGACAUCAGGGAUUCCACACCACCCUCGCCCUCAUCCCAGUUGGUUGUUACCAAGAUCAUCCUACAUGGAAACAUCCCAGGCUCAUAUCCUUUCAACCGUCACCGUCGCAGCCGUUGGAAGAUCAUCUUCAACCCGCCCACUGACCUCGUCACCUCGGAGACUCGCUAUGAGGAGGUUUCAGAGCGCCUCCGGUCACUCUGGAAGGGAUCGUACGCGAGCGCUGCGGAAGAGCGGGCUCUGCAACGACCCAUGGUUUUGAACCGAGGGUGGGGUGACAGCCCCGAAAGCAGCGUCGAGUUCCUCGGUGGAUGGGAAGAAAGUACCGGAAAGGGACAGAGAGCGGGCCAUGAAAGCCAUGACGGCGGUUUGGGUAACACAGAGCUGUUUGGGUUUCCUGGUCUUCUGUUUGAAGUGAUGAAGAACGGGGCGUACGGUAGUAUGCCGGACCUGCCACGGACGCUCGCUCGGUCCUGGUCGUCGACGCUCAAGCUCCCCAAGUCGACGUUCCCCGCACGCGUGACGCCCGCCGAUCAGACAAAAUACCUGCGGCGAUGCACCGACGACCUUUACGCCUGGCAACAGCGUGAGAGACCGACCGACCGGCCCUUUGUCUUGCACGAUGGACCGCCCUACGCAAAUGGCGACCUUCACGUCGGCCAUGCUCUGAACAAAAUCCUGAAGGACAUCAUCUGCCGCGUACAGCUGGGCUUGGGAAGGGGAGUCCGCUACGUGCCGGGAUGGGAUUGCCAUGGCUUGCCAAUUGAGCUCAAGGCUCUCGAGGCGCAGAAGGAACUACAACCGGCAGAUGGACCCGUCAGCGCGGCCUUGGUGCGCAAGGCUGCACGGAAACUGGCGGAGCGGACAGUCAAGGCCCAGAUGAAAGGGUUCCAGAGCUUUGCGGUUAUGGCUGACUGGGACAGCCACUGGAAGACUCUGGAUAAGGCGUUUGAGAAGAGACAACUUGGUGUGUUUCGGGAAAUGGUCGAGAAAGGCUUGAUCUAUCGGAGGUUCAAACCGGUCUACUGGUCGCCUUCCACCGGCACGGCGCUGGCGGAGGCGGAGCUGGAAUACAAGGAAGAUCAUAUCUCGACUGCUGCUUUGGUGAAAUUUCCUCUCGUUACGAUGCCGUCGCACUUGGCUCAGGAUCCUUUGAUUAAAGGGAAGACUGUCAGCGCUGUCAUCUGGACUACUACUCCGUGGACUCUCCCCGCAAACGCGGCCAUCUCGAUUCAUCCGGACUUGGAGUACGCGAUCGUCGACUCGGACACCCAGGGCUAUCUUCUCAUCGCGCAAUCUCGGUUGGAGUAUCUUGAAGGCAUUCUUAAAGAAGACCUAUCGGUGAUUGUGCCAGGUAUCUCUGGCGCGACACUUGCAGAUCAGACCACGUACCACCCUCUGUUCAAGGGACCCGAUGCGGAACCGCAACCUGUCAUUGCUGCGGACUUCGUCACCGCUGACUCUGGUUCUGGCCUCGUCCAUUGCGCACCAGGUCAUGGUAUGGAAGAUUACGAAGCUUGUGUAUCCCGAGGAAUUCCGGCUUUCGCUCCCGUGGACGACAAUGGUAGAUUCACCGACAAGGCCAUGCCCAUUGACCCCAAGAGACUAAGCGGCAAGAGUGUCCUGGACGACGGAAAUGCCGCCGUUCUUGAAUACGUCGAAUCCGAAGGUCAACUGAUUACAAAGCACCGGUACGAGCACAAGUAUCCUUACGACUGGCGGUCUAAGCUUCCCAUCAUCAUCCGAGCUACUGAGCAGUGGUUCGCCGACGUGGCCGACAUCCGUAGUAGUGCCAUGAAGUCGUUGGAGAAUGUCAACUUCGUUCCGGCUUCUGGGAGACAGCGACUGGAGAACUUUGUCAAGAACCGGAGUGAGUGGUGUAUCUCGCGCCAGCGCGCUUGGGGUGUACCUAUUCCAGCACUUUACCACCGUGGUACAGGCGAUGCCUUGCUUACCAAGGAGAGCGUGUCGCAUAUUAUGAACGUGAUCGAGGAGCGGGGUAUUGAUGCAUGGUGGAAGGACGAUGCCAACGACUCUGCCUGGGUUCUACCAUCUCUGCGUGAUGCAUCUGGCCCUGGUUACCGACGAGGAACUGAUACCAUGGAUGUGUGGUUCGACAGUGGCACCAGCUGGACCGAGAUCGAUGUUCCUUACCGCGAAGAUGGUUCACCUGCAGAUGUCUACCUGGAGGGCACCGAUCAACACCGUGGAUGGUUCCAGUCUGGACUCCUCACGUUCAUCGCCCAUCAGCUGGCCUCCGGAAAGACCACUACCCCCCGUGCGCCGUUCAAGCACCUGAUCACCCAUGGGUUUACCCUGGAUGAAGAAGGCCGCAAGAUGAGCAAAUCUAUUGGUAAUACGAUCCACCCGCAAUCCAUCAUGGAUGGAACCCUCCUGCCGCCUCUCAAGCCGAGGAAAGGCAAGGGGAAGAAGCAGGCAGAAAACCAGGGCCCCGUCUACGACGCACUCGGCCCGGACGCCCUUCGGAUGUGGGUUGCAAGCAGUGACUACACGCGGGACGUUGUGAUUGGAAAGCAGGUCCUUCAAACCGUGAACACCAGUCUUCACAAGUACCGUGUGACCUUCAAGCUUUUGCUGGGUGCCUUGUCGGACUUCAACCCACAGGACCGCUUCUCGUAUGACCAGUUGCAGGAAGUCGAUCGCAUUGCCCUGAAGCAUCUGUCUGAGAUGGUUCUGACCAGCCAGAAGGCCUGUGAGAAUUUCGAGUUCUACAAGGCCGUGAAUGCUAUCAACCGCUGGGCUAACCUCGAGUUUUCCGCAUUCUACAUGGAGGCUCUCAAGGAUCGUCUCUACACAUACGCUGAGAACAGCGCCAGCCGACGUGCUGCACAGACGACGCUAUUCCACAUCUACCAGCACUUCCAAGAGGUGCUAGCUCCGAUCACCCCGAUGCUCGUGGAGGAGACCUGGGAGCAUACCCCCGAGGCCAUCAAAGCCCAAUUCGAGCACCCUCUGAGACGUAUUGUCUCCGCGCCUGCCCCGGAAUGGCAGAAUGAAGCCCUGGAGGCGGACUACCAGAAUAUUGUGGCGGUCAACUCGGUUGUCAAGACCGUUCAGGAGAGGGCCCGGGGCCAGAAGCAGAUGGGCUCGUCUCUUCAGUCCUUUGUCCACAUUGUUCUCCCCGAAGGUACUACGAUGGACUCCGUCUUCCAUCGCAACCUGGCUGAGCUCCCGGACGUGUUUGUUGUCUCAUCCGUUAGUCUCGGGGCCCAUAGGGAGCCGAUGCCGGAGGCCCUCACCGAAGCAGAGUGGCAAUACAGCGAAGAGUACGAGCUUCCGAGUGGAGCGAAGGGCACGUGUCCGCGCUGCUGGCGUUAUGUGGUGGAGUCAGAGGCCCCGGAAGAGACGGUGUGCGGGCGCUGCGAGGAGGUUGUACAAGAGUUGGAUGCAUCGUCCUGA